AGAGCACUUGCCUAGCAUGUGUGAGGCACUGGGUUUGAUCCCCAGCACCACAUAAAAAUAAAUAAAUAAAAUAAAGGUUGAUCAACAACUAAAAAAUAUUUCUUUAAAAAGUGGAAAUGAUUGAACUGCAUGUACUUUUUUACUCAACACAUGUGUCAGUUGCUAUUUUUACAUCUCACUUGUAGAAAAGAUUGUCUGCAUGUGCUGUAGUUGGUUCCUCUAAUAUGGCUACCACAUCUGACACAUCAACCCAAGCCACCCAGAGAAGGAGCCUGCCUAAAGAACUAAUGGAAGCCAUUUCACAGCAUCACAUUGAUGAGCUACCACCACCAUCUCAGGAGCUACUUGACGAAAUUGAGCACCUGAAGCAGCAGCAGAAUUCAUCCACAGUGUUGCAUGAGAACACAGUACAUGAUCUGGGCAUCACUGCAAAUGAUCAAAAGCAUUUAGAAGAACAAGAAACUGCCCAUAAUAAAAAUGAUAACAUUUUGCUUUGGACAAGAGAAACUGAGGAUCUAGAAGAGGACACAGAGAGAGCUCAUUCUACUCUUGAUGAAGAUCUGGAAAGAUGGUUUCAGCCAUCUGAGGAGAGCAUGGAGCAGCAGGACCCCCGCAAAGGCUCUACAAGGGAGAAAGCAACCAAUGAUCAAGAAGUUGGUGAAAAGCAUAGAAAAAGGGAAAAAAGCAUCAAGCCAGAGAGAAGGAAAUCAGACAGCUUUUUAGGGGCUUCAGAAGAAGAUGAACUAAAACCGUGUUUUUGGAAGCGACUGGGUUGGUCUGAACCAUCCAGGAUAAUUGUGCUGGAUCAGAGUGACUUGUCAGAUUGACUGGAAAUGGAUCACAGAUGGAUUCUGACCCAAGUUUGAGCAUCUUGGUUGUGAGCUCUUCUUUCUUCUGCUGCAGUUGCCAUUGGGGCAGUGGUUCCAGUUCCCUAACUCACAAUUUGUUCAGCUACUACAGUAGACAUAAUGGUUUGGCCCCAUCUGUGGGCAGCAUAUGUAACCAUUUGUUUUUCAAUCAAAUUUCUGAAAAGUGUAAGGUAGUUGCAAUUUUAAAAUUGUGCUCAGAAUGGUUUUUGGUUUUGUUGGUGUUAAUUUUUUUGAAUAUUUUAACUCCUGUUAUAUAAUAAAAUGUUUAUUUUCAAUACCA